CUUGCAUGUGCGGAAUCUAUUUCUUCAGCCCUAAUCUAGAAAAGAAAGCGCAUAGAUUCCCCUUCCCGGCUCAGCCUCGCCGGCGGAUUCGUUUUCUCUUCGAUGGCGGGUGGCGGUAGGAUGAGGCCGAACAUUCUGGUGACAGGUACGCCGGGUACGGGAAAGACGACGACUUGCUCGCUUCUUGCUGACGCUACGCAGCUCCGGCACAUCAACGUCGGCGAUCUUGUAAAGACCAAGAACCUCCAUGAUGGAUGGGACGAAGUGUUCGAGUGUCAGAUUAUGAACGAGGAACUGUUAUGUGACGAGAUUGAAGACAUGAUGGAAGAUGGAGGGAACAUUGUUGAUUAUCAUGGCUGCGAUUUCUUUCCUGAGCAUUGGUUUGAUCGUGUUGUCGUCCUGCAGACUGAUAAUUCUGUCCUGUAUGAUCGCUUGUCUAGCAGGGGAUACAUGGGAGCAAAGCUUACAAAUAACAUGGAGUGCGAGAUCUUUCAGGUUCUCUUAGAGGAGGCGAGAUCAAGCUAUGCUGCUGAUAUUGUCAUCCCCUUACAAAGCAACUGCGUUGAAGACAUCAGCAGCAAUGUGGCCACCUUAACAAACUGGGUCAAUAACUGGAGACCAGUUGGGUCUUGAAGAAGACCCCUUUAUUUCUCCCUACACUGAGGAGCAAAAUAUGAAAGUAAAUCCAAUCAGAAUAUCUUAUUUAAAUUUAGGCUUCGUUUGAGACGGUUUUCUUAUUACUUUCUAAAACAGCUUUUUAGUACAAUAAUUUCAUAAACUAAAAAUUUGUGUAUCAAAAAGCUGAUUUAGAAAGCAAUAAGAAAGCUGUUCAAAAUGAGGCUUUAGUCGAAGAAUUUGAUAAUCAUUAGUUUUUGAUCGAGUAAUCGUAUAUUGUAUUAAUCUUUAAGAAACUCAAUGAGUAAAGUUUAUGUAGAUGACAUUUCAUCUGUUAUGUUAUGUAGUAGGUGUAAAAUUUAACUUAGUAUUUGUCUUAAGAUUUGAUUAAUAAGAAUGAGAGGAUGUGAUUGCUUUAUGUGA